AAGCCACUUAAGAAACCAUUCACUAUAUAUAUAAAGGCUACGAGCCACUUUGUUUCUCAACCUCACUUGAUCAAUUCUCCAAAUACCUAAUAUGGAGUUUCACAUUCUUCCCAUCAUUACUUUUCUCAUGCUUGUUGUGGCAACUAAUGCUGAUGCUGCAUUACCUCCUGCAUUUUACUGGAAGUCCAAGCUUCCUACCACACCAAUGCCGAAAGCCAUCACUGAUUUGCUACAACCUGAUUGGAAGGAAGAGAAAGACACCUCUGUGGAUGUAGGGAAAGGUGGAGUAAAUGUUGGUGUAGAAAAGGGAAACCAAGGACCAGGAGAUGGCACUGAUGUUAAUGUUGGUGGUGGAGACGGUGGAGUGAAUGUGCACACAGGACCAAAGGGUAAGCCAGUUCACGUUGGAGUGGGCCCACAUUCUCCAUUUGAUUACAACUAUGCAGCCAGCGAGACCCAAUUACAUGAUGACCCCAAUGUGGCACUCUUCUUCUUGGAAAAGGACUUGCACCACGGAACAAAAUUGAACCUUCACUUCACUAUCUACUACACCUCAAAUGGUGAUGCCACGUUCUUGCCUCGAUCAGUUUCUGAUUCCAUACCCUUUUCGUCAAACAAGGUGAAUGAUGUAUUAAACAAGUUUUCAAUCAAGGACGGGUCAGAUGAGGCUAAAACUGUGAAGAACACUAUUAAUGAGUGUGAAGGACCUAGCAUUAAGGGAGAGGAAAAGCGUUGCGUGACUUCACUUGAGUCCAUGGUUGAUUUCGCCACUACCAAGCUCGGGAGCAACAAUGUUGAUGCUGUUUCCACAGAAGUGACAAAAAAAGAUAAUGAGUUACAACAGUAUACAAUGGCACCAGGGGUUAAGAGGUUGGGUGAGGACAAGGCUAGUGUUGUGUGUCACAAGGAGAAUUACCCUUAUGCAGUGUUUUAUUGCCACAAAUCAGAAACCACAAAAGCCUAUUCUGUCCCAUUGGAGGGUGCUGAUGGAAGCAGGGUCAAAGCAGUUGCAGUGUGCCAUACUGACACAUCAAAGUGGAAUCCCAAGCAUUUGGCGUUUCAAGUGCUUAAGGUUCAGCCAGGAACUGUUCCUGUCUGCCACUUCCUGCCUCAGGAUCAUGUUGUCUUUGUUCCCAAGUAGAAACACACACGAGUCCCAUUUCUGAUGUUGGUGAAUAAUUUGGCAGUUUUAAUAGCAUGAAAUGAGCUUUUAAAACUGAAUGCGUAGUAUUUGCAUUAUGUUAUCCUACGUUGUCAGCAUGUUUGCUUUUACAGGUUUACUGUUAUCUCAAUAUAUGUAUAUGUACUAGUGAUGUAUUAAAUGUGCUAAUAUGUGAUAUAUAUAUAUAUAUAGCUUUUUCAUUCACAUGAAAA